AUGUCAAGAACGAGGAAAAAUUCGCAACAACAGAUGGAGUACGACUACAUGCUGGAAAAGCAAACUAAAGGAGUAGAGAAAUACUCCAAAUUAGGAUGGUUCCAAUUGGUCGUCAUCUUGAUCGUCGAAGCAAUCGCUUUGGGAAGCUUGAGUAUUCCAUCUGCUUUUGCAACUCUUGGUAUGGUCGCUGGUGUGAUCAUCACAGUCGGUUUCGGAUUCGUGGCAAUUUAUACAAGUUAUGUCGUCGGUCAAGUAAAACUCAAAUACCCACAAGUGCAACAUUACUCUGACGUUGGACCUCUAUUGGGCGGAAAUGGAUGGUUUGGAAGAUUCUUACGUGAAAUGUUCAGUGUGAUGUUUGUUUUGCAAUUGGUCUUGCUCGUCGGAUCACAUUGCUUGACAGGAACUAUCGCUUUCGGCACAAUCACUGAAUGGCCGAUCUGCUCUUUGAUUUUUGGAGUAGUUUCUGCCGUUCUCCUAUUCAUCUGCGCCGUUCCACCAAGUUUCGCAGAAAUGGCAAUCUUGGGUUACAUUGAUUUCGUUUCAAUCAUUGCUGCUAUCCUAAUCACCUUGAUCGCCACCGGUAUUAAAGCAAAGAAAGCACCUGAAGGCUUUUCUUCGGUCGAUUGGCGUGCUCUACCGCCACCUGAAACUGAUUUUGCAAGCGCAAUGGUUGCUGUUACAAACAUUGUCUUUGCUUAUUCGUUUGCCGUUUGUCAAUUCAGCUUUAUGGAAGAAAUGCAUACCCCUACUGAUUUUCCUAAAUCAAUUUGGGUUCUUGGUUUAACGGAAAUCGUCAUUUACACCGUCACAGGUGCUGUUGGAUACGCUUUCGUUGGUCAGAGUGUAGCGAGUCCAGCUUUGCUCUCGGCAGGAAAGCUAAUUUCAAAGAUCGCAUUCGGAAUCGCACUUCCCGUCAUCUUCAUUUCCGGUUCUAUCAAUACAGUCACAGUUUGUCGUUUCUUGAUGGAUCGUCUUUUCAAAAAGAGUGUUAUCAAGUACGUAAACACCGUCAAGGGUUGGUCCGUUUGGCUUUUGAUGAUCGGUAUUGUAACUGUGAUUGCUUGGGUGAUCGCAGAAGCCAUUCCUUUCUUCUCUUCUUUGCUAGGUAUUAUCUCUUCGCUUUUCAUCAGUGGAUUUAGUAUCUAUCUACCGGGAUUGUUGUGGCUUAAAGUAAUUCGUAAAGGUGGUUGCUUUAGCAGUCUAAAGAAUACCACACUUACGAUCAUGAACACGCUCUGCAUAGCAAUGGGCUUUUUGGUUUUGGUUGGAGGAUUUUACGGAUCUGUGGUCAGUAUCAAAGAUUCGUUCAAUUCAGGAACAGUCGGAAGCUCGUUUACAUGUGAUCCGAUUUAA